GAUCGUUCCGGGGGAUAAUAAAGGCGCUGGGCCUGGCUGCGCUGAGCGAUCGGGGCCGGGAGACGAAGGCAGGAUGCUGGCGCUCUUCACGAAGCUGCUGGACUGGUUCCGGGCGCUCUUUUGGAAGGAGGAGAUGGAGCUGACCCUGGUGGGGCUGCAGUACUCGGGCAAGACCACCUUCGUCAACGUGAUCGCGUCUGGACAGUUCAAUGAAGAUAUGAUCCCAACAGUGGGCUUCAACAUGAGGAAAAUCACCAAGGGAAAUGUAACUAUAAAGCUCUGGGACAUUGGAGGUCAACCUCGUUUUCGUAGCAUGUGGGAGAGAUAUUGCCGUGGUGUUAGUGCAAUAGUAUAUAUGGUAGAUGCUGCAGAUCAGGAGAAGAUUGAAGCUUCAAAGAAUGAACUGCACAACUUGCUUGAUAAACCACAACUCCAAGGCAUUCCUGUCUUAGUUCUUGGGAACAAGCGAGAUCUGGCUGGUGCCUUGGAUGAGAAAGAGCUCAUUGAAAAAAUGAACUUGUCCGCCAUCCAGGACCGCGAGAUCUGUUGCUAUUCAAUCUCUUGCAAAGAAAAAGACAACAUUGAUAUCACCCUACAGUGGCUUAUUCAGCAUUCAAAGUCCCGGCGAAGCUGAGAGCUCUUUGUCCAAGUUUUGGAUCGGGAAGAUGCGAUUGUAAAAGCCAGGCGCACCUCCUCUUUUCUCU